AUGCCGAAGCGUAGCCGCGAGAACUGUGAGGAACCGGCGGCCAAGGCGGGCAACGAGGACCGCCUCGGUUCCCUCCCCGACGACGCCCUCCUACACGUGUUGUCGUUGCUGCCCUCGGAGGACGCUGUGCGGACCUGCGUGCUGGCCCGGCGCUGGCGCCACCUGUGGCGGUUCACGGCCGCGCUGCGCAUCGCCCGCGACGACGACAAACGGUGGAGCGUCCGGUGGCUGCACAGGUUCGUCACCAACUUCCUGCGCCUCCGCGACAGCCUCUCGCCGCUGGACGUGUGCGACAUAUUUUGCCGCCCGUUCGUGUUGUACCAGGGUGGCCACGCUGCCCAGGCGUUCUGCUUCAAGGUUGCGGAGGAAUGGUUAUCUGACACUUGGGGAUUUACUCCUGUGCUUGAGAGCAUGCAGUCACUGGCAAAAGCAUUUGUCCGGUUUGAUGACGAAAGCUGUGAUAAAUGCCCUAGAAAUUAUUACGGGGAUUGUGGUCAUGAAGACUGUUGUGAUGGAUGCUAUGGGAAUCUCUAUUAUGAGGAUGAGGAAGACAAUCAAAAGGAUUUUAAAUGGCGUCCUAUAUUUAGAAAGUUGAAAACAUUGUUACUCAAUGAGUGGUGUGUUGCUGAUGACUUCAGUUUGGUAAUUUACUUUCUCCAACAUUCACCAAUUCUAGAGAAGAUUACUCUUCAACUGUACAAGAUGCCAGAACCUGUUGUUAAAGCAAAUGCAUGCCACAGCCCAAGUGAAGGAUCCAUGGUAUCUAAAUGCCUCAAAGCAAUUGAAGUCAAAUAUCAGGACGAUGAAGUGCUUGAUAAACUUUUAACGAUCUUAAAUACCUAUGGUGUAUCUUCUGAGGUGGUUACCAUCCAAAAGAAGGAUUCUUUAUCUUCUGAAAAAUUCAGUUUCGAGCAGAAGGAUUAA